AUGCUUCAAAUCAAACGAAAACGAGAAGAAGAAGCAGUUCCUUUAAUUUUCGUAACAAAAUCAUCUAUAUCAAAAGAGUUAACAAUUCCUUUAAAACGCAGAAAACAGGGAAAUAAUUGUAAUAAAAUUAUUAUAAGAUGUGCAUAUAUUAACAAAAAUCAAGUUUUUAUUCUUUUUAAAACGCUAGAAGCUGAAUCAAUUACAAAAUUUGAACAAGAACAUGAAAAACGAACAAUAGAAACAUCUAACGAACAAGAUGAAGAAUCAAGACAAAAUGAAAUGAGAAUUUUAAAUAUAGAAAAAUCACAUGAAUACACGGAAUCGAUUUUUGAGCCAUUUGCAAAGGAUUAUGUAUAUGAUAUGUAUAUGCCAUUAGUUUACACACCGGAUACUUUGCAGACAAAUCCUAUCUGCUUUGGAAUUCUAACAUUAGAGGAAGAUAAUGAUAUUUCUUUUCUUGAAGAGACAGAUUCCUAUGAUAAAUACAACGAUGAUGAAGACUCUAAUGAAGAAGAUUUCUAUCAGAAUUCAUACCCAGAUGAAGAUGAAUGGCCAAACAGCGAUGUAGAGGAGCGAGAAAUAUAA